AUGGCGGCCAACCAUUACCCUAGUUCGCGUCAGCACCCACACCUUCCUGCCCACCUCAACCCUCUCCCACCACUCGAGCCCUCUGCCGAGCGUCAUCACGGUUACAACCACUACAACCCUGCUCGUCGAGGCUCCACCGAUCCCAUCCUUCACGCUUCCCUUGCAGCAUCCGCCAGUGCCAACGCUGCCUUCUCACACGCUCACCAUGGUGCCAGCUCUGCCUCUUCUUUAGCCAGUCCAAGUCUCUUUGAUGCGCCACGACGUCGCAGUAUUCAGAUCGAGCCAACUGUGCCCUCUAGUCAUGCCAGCCCAUUCGCAAGCCCAGGUCACUCUGGCCUCCACUCGUCUCGUUUCAUGAGCCAGAACAACAGCCCAACUCCUCUCGUCCAAUCCCACAGUGCCGACGACCAUCACCCAUCAAGUUCAAGUUCCAGCUGCAACCUUGCUCCUCAUCCCACCCACGACGCUCCCGAUGCACCACGUCAUGGUCAAAUCCAACCUAACUACCAGUUCGGCUACCCACCAACCCCCAACCCCGAAUAUCGCCUAGACGAAAAACAAGCCCAUCCCCGCAUACCCCAUCUCUCUGCCCCUGACGGUCAAGGUGGAGGAGCUUUGGUAGAAGCAGGUGCAAUCAUGUCGGAAUCUCGACGCGGCUCUACCUCUAGUCUCAAGCAUUUGAUGGCUGAUAAAGAUUCAAAACCGUACAGUCGUUCGCCUGAACUUCGAGUCAGUCAUAAGUUGGCCGAAAGAAAGAGGAGAAAGGAGAUGAAAGAGUUGUUCGAUGAUUUAAGGGAUCAGUUGCCCGUCGAUAAGGGUCCCAAGACAAGCAAGUGGGAAAUCCUGAGGAAGGCAGUCGAACACAUUGCCCACUUGGCACAGGAGAAGGAUGAUCUAGCGGCGGAAGUCGAUAGAUUGAGAGCCCAAUUGGCACAUAGAGCAGGUGGUGAGCCGGCCAAGGGAGGUCAUCUCAAUGGCCAUGCCAGGGAUUCCAGGGAUUCCAGGGAUUCGAGGGAUUCGAGGGAUUAUGAAGGUCAUAUGUCCUGA